UUCGACACGACAGUGCUUCAUGUGAUUCAGUUUCGAGUAACGUCAGUCAGCGUAUGCACCAAAAGACCCAAUCAACAUCAUCAAAUGCACAAACUCAUCACAUCUCGCAGCCCCACACCACAAUCAGCUCCCGAGUCGACCACGCCGCCAGGGCAAGGUCUGCCUCACAAUUAGAAGUGCAGGUUGGCCAUCCUGAGUAUGUGGCUCAUCUGCGGGUUGGUCUCCAGCACCUUGCCCAUCUUCAUCUUCAGCCGAGGGUCGCGGUGCUUCUUCGGAUCCUGACACACACACACAUGAGCACUUGGACACUGCCCUCACUUGCGGCUGCGGUUACACUCACCCUGAGGAAGUCUAACACGUCGAUGUUCUGCUUGGCCCCCUCGGCCACCAAGACGUCCCAUCCAGGCAGCUUGCGCAGGAUCUCCUCAAUAGCAUUGCCGGCAGGGGCUGACUGUGCCGGCGGAGCACUGACGUGAGGAGGGCCUCCGGUGGGAGUACCUAGAUAUACACACGGCACACACACAGCAGACAUCGAUCGCCUGCCCCAUGAAUCCAUCGAUCUCUUCGACAUCUGCUGACCUGUUUGUGUGGGUUGCUGCGUUUCGUCGUGCAUGCCGCUUGGCGGCCCCGCCUGCAUGCCAGCAGCCAUUGCAGCCAUCAUGGCGGGUGGAGGCAUUGACGGCCGGAAGGUAAUCGGUGCCGACGGCGUCGUGGCUGGAGGUUGCACAAUCGCCCCGCCUUGUUCGUCGAAGCCGUUCUCAGGCUGCAGCUGAAUCGCCUGCUUCGGUGGGGCUGCAGCUGCUGAUGGCGCCUGUUGCCGUCGGUCGGUUGCUGCUCCCGCAUCCACCUUGACCUCCUGGCUUCUGGGUGGCGUCGGUGCGGGUGCAACGGGGGGCCUCCAGGGCCUGUCAAUGGCAACUGGCGCCUGGGGCAUCGGCACGUCUGGCGGGGGGCGAGAGGGCGAGGGGCCCGGUGGAGUGGGGAUCUUGGCUGUGUUGUUGCCCUUCUCGAAGUCAUCGACGUGCUUGGAUGGCGGCCGCGAGAGGUCCCUACGUGCACGUCUCAUCCGGAAGGUGUCGGUGGCGUCGUACUGCCUGCUGGGCGGUGGGAAUGGUCUCGGUGCGGGGGGCUGCUGAGAAGGGGGAAAGCCUGGGCGGGGGGGCUGGCUGCGGCCACUGUCGUCGGUCGUGCCGGGAGGCCUCUGAUGACAUAAAGAGGACACACAAUGAGUGGAUGCACUGCGGUAGGCAAUGGCUGCUGAUUGGCUGACCAUGAAUGGCGCUUUCCCGAUUGCGUCCGGUUGGAACAGGAAGUUGCAGGGCAGCAUGGGGGGCGCUCCAGGCACCUGCUGUGGCACUGCGUCCUUCGGUCGAUAGGGGAUGCUCUCGCGACGAGCCACAGACCUCCAACCAGUGCUCCGUUCCUGCAAUAGGGCCAGCAAAAGGACGUGCAGAUGUCAUACACCCACACAAUCCUGGCUCGCCUUUUCUCACCAGUUCUUUCGCCCUUUGGAAGACCCACUGCACGGCCUCCCUCGCACCUUGUCCGUCACUGUCCUUGUCGCCCCCAGCCCAGUCCAUGCCAUUGCCGCACAAGUCGUCGGUGGCGUCAGGCUCUACAGUGUCGAUCAUGCCGGCGCCCCCCGUCAUCCGCUCCCCAGUGCGGUAGCUCGUGCUGACGAUGAGGCCAUGUGCGUACGGGUGGAAGGCCUGGCCAGUGGGCGGACUGCAGUGGGCUGCAAACAGGUCCACAUGCAGGGACUGCUCGAGAGAGAAGGACGCAGAAACGUCGAGCACCGAUGACGGGAGACUCUGAGGACAUGUGGAAACCCACAUCGGUAAAGCCAACCUUGAUCUCCAGGUCUUUCUCCUUCUUGGCUCACCGUCGGUGCCUUGUCGUCGCUGGCAUUGUUCAUGGCCUUGUCCCUGAGUUGCUGUAGGCUGCCCCUGACGUCCACUGCCCUGACGUGGCAAAGCGUCAGGGGCGACGACACAUUCGCGUCGCUUCCCUCCUCCUGAUAAAAGGCCUCGACAGACCGCACAGCCUCAUCCAGCACCUCCAGGGGCGGCUUGGCGGACGACGGCAGCAUGUGGUGGGCCUGGGAAGGGGACGUGGCCUUGGGCGAGACCGAUGAUGCCUCGAAGAUGCCCCCGUAGAUGUCGUCACCCUCGUCCAGCGCAGCAGCCUGUGUUGAAACGAGGGACAUAUCAAUCACCCGUUCACCGCACUGUGUCCUGUGUGUUUGGUGCUGUGUAUCCUUACCUGUGACGGCUGCUGUUGUUGUGUACUUGUGGUUUUUGCCGUGUCCCAUGGCGAGUCCACGCCCGAGUCGGAGAGAGCGGCCUUGAGCAGGGGCAGGGGGGACGGUGUGCAGUCGACCACACGAUUGGACAGGAUGAGCAGCAGUUGUGUCGCCUCGAGCCACUGGUCAAGAGCCGCCUCAAGAGACAAACGCUCGCGAGACAUUCGGUCGGCCUGAGAACCAAAAUCAGUUUGAUGUCAUUCUUGCUCCAUCUGUCGUGCGUCUCCUGCUCACCUUCUGUUUGGUUGACGUGUCAUUCCCCCUCAGUUUGUCCAGCAGAGCGGCGAUUUCCAUGCCCACCCGCUGCAUCACUCCGUGUAACUUGAGGGCGCUGCUGAGGUUGACGCGCACCUUCCCCACUCCUUCCCCCUGGCGCCCCUCGCCCAGCGCCAUGUCAAACAGGAACGGCAGCAGACACGACCGCCGAGAUGUGAAGAGCAAGAGACAGCGGAGCCCCUCGAGCACCGUCGAUAUGGACGGCAGCGGCUCGCUCUCCCGGCUCAUGGGCGUAGACCCCUUGUCGUCACUCGUGCGGUUUAGCACCGAGCUGAGGGCCUUGCACAUCAGCCGGUAGGACGCCGCUAUCUCGAACGGCGACCUGUCGCUGCCCUCUCGGCUGCCCUCGUUGAUGCAGCGCCAGCCGACCGCCUUGAACGCCCGGAUGGUGAAGCGGUAGAUGGCGUCAGCGUGGGCGGGUGGAUAGCCCUUGUGCGACAGGAGGAUGUUGAGGUGGCGGAUCAGCGGCUCCAAAGCGGCGAUCAUCUGGCUUGGUGAGAGGGGCGUGGCUGAGGUGGGGAGGAGGGCUAUGGUCUCGAAGAAGCUGAGUAGGCGACAUGCGCGCCGCUGCGACUCGGCCGGCGCCGCUGACGACACGGACACAGAUGACGCCUGAAACAGACACAAGCAACAGAUGUACACAAGCGUCUGAACGCAUGUGCGUAUGGACUGUCUCCUGACCUGUGGCGAUACUCUUGGAGUCCCCUGCCCCGAAUGGUUGGCCGUCUGUGGAGUCGUGUAGAGCGCACUUGAUCCACUCAGCAGCUCCCGGUUGCUCAUCUCGACGGCCAGGGCCAGGAUGGGCAGCCCGGUGUCGAGGAGCGGUACGGUGGCGAGGGCAGCGACAGAGUGCAGAAGUGGCGACGACGUGGACGCGCUGUGGGCAAUGAAGCUCAUCAGAGCGCCGAGAUCCUCCAUGUGCACCGACUCAUUCAACCGCAGUGCCUGAGACAGGGAGGACAGACGACACGGUCAGAGCAACAAGGCAGCACUCGCCAUUCCAUCCCUUUACCCGCUGAAGCGUCUUGUACUUCUUCCACUGCGCCUCCAUGUCGCCGCGCAUGCCGUCCAUGUGCCUCUUGGCCACCUCCCACAACGGGUCACCCGGAUCACCAACGACAUCCAUCUCAUUUGCACCGUCCUGCCCCUCGAUCGCCCCACACACGUCCCUCCAUGUCUCCUCCUCCAGACCAAUCCACCCGUCGUCUCGUCGGGCGAUGCCCACACGCCAUUCCUUGCCCACUGACAGACAGCCGAGUCGCGAGCCUCCUCGCUGUGCUGUGUCGUUGCCUGUGAGAGUGAUUUGGCAUGUCAGGUGCAGCAGGGGAAGAGGCGGCUGGUCGUCCUGGUCGUUUAAGGCGUCGUCGAUAAGAGAUGGGGACCUCGACGGCCGGGGGGUUGGCAGGAUGUCACAGGAGAGAGUGAUGGACGAGGGAAUGUCGAUCCUGCCAUCACCCUCAGACCUGAAGGAGGGCAAACCAGCCACGUGACAAAGAGAGCUGUUCUUGGGGACCCUGUUCUCGGCCUUACCUUUCCAUCCAUUCCUGGGCCACUUCCAUGCCGCCUUUGACCAUUGGCGGCCUUUCGCCCUCACCCAACCCGAAAACAUGCGGCGCUGCCGGCAGCCAGCUCCCCCACCCCUUGCACGCGCCCACCAGCAGCAGCACCGCCGCACUCGAAGCAGGCAGCAGCGUCCCGUGCCGCACCAGAGUGCGGAUCAUCAUGCUGCGGGAGAGGGGGAACGAGUAGAGCCUGGCAGCAAUGUCGGCUGUGAGUUCGAUGCAUGUGCGAAUGUUGGUGGCGAGAGCGGCCAUGUCGAAUGGGUCGGGAUCAGCAGGGGAUGGUGGCUUGGAAUGGGGGAUGGUAAGCAGAGGUGGCAUGCACGUGAGCCGCUGAGCGACGACCAACAUGGCCUGGAGCAACGGGGUGCAACGCAGUGCCUGCAGAAGGGUGACAAGAGGAGACGUGUGGAAGGAACAUCUGUGCAGACGUCUGGGUCCGUUUAGUCAACCCACCUGUACGUUGGACGUCUUCCUGAUGAGCGCCAGACUGCCACUGACCACUUGCAAAGCACUCCUGGGCCACAACAGAGAUAGAGGACCAAUUAAUGCAUGAACGUUCCAGCCCGUUGUGCUUGUGGGCAUGUCGCUUCAUCCUUACUCACCUGAGCAGGGGGAGGUGUUUGUGUGCGGAAGUGAUCCACGCACCCAGCCCUUGACCGCUGUGCAUCACCAUGUCCUGGAGACCAGCAGUCUGCACACACACGACGACAGGCAGAGGCCAGUACAUGAUUACAGACCCAGAUGGCCUUGUUGCUGGUGAGCUCACUGUCGGAUUCGGCCCCAUCGCAGCCGCACAGCUGACGACCAGCCCUGCCAACACCGCCAGCCCCUUCUCAGCCAGCUCUCUCGCCAUCUCCUCGGCGGCACGCACCGCCCCCUCUCCAUCCAACGCACCCAACAGCCCGUGCAGCUCCCUCGCCUUCUCCUGGGCCAUUAGACUCUUCCCCACACCACUCCCAAUGCUAUCGAUCUUGCCCAGGCCUCCCACAGCCGUCAAGGUGUGCCAUCUCAGCUGCCUCACGGCCACGUUGAGGGCGAUUAUGGACUCACUGUCAGACGGCAGCUCUCUGUCGAUGUCGUUGAGCGGCCCCAGCUCGUCAGUGGGGUCAGUUUUGGAGUAGUCGAUGUCCAGCAGAUGGGUGGCUGUGGCCCAGUCCAUGCCGCCCAUCCUGGCGGCCACCUCGUCGCGAGCACCCUCCUUGGCCCGUGCCAAGGGACGGCACUGGCUGGGGUCGGCCAGAGACCUGCAACAUGAGAGGACCAAUAGAAAGACAGAAUUAAGUCUAUCUGGCAGUGCUUGGAUGUGCUGUGGUCUUCUCCCCCAUCGCACCUGAUUGUUUGUAUGAUGUCCGGCACGGAAGGCGUCCGCACGACCAGAUGGGUUCCCGUGGCUGCGUCUGCUGGGCUGCCUGGGGCGGUGGCCAUCUGCGGACUCGAUGUGUGCGAUGGCGGCUGAGAUGACGUCCGGCCGGUGUCCUUCUUGUCCAGCCGGAACCCCUCCAAGUAGUGCGCCACCUCACUCACAGAGGCCUUGAGCCGCAUGUCGUUGGCAACCAGCUGCAAAGACAGCAUUCCCGCACGUGUGCGAACAGGGCAGUGCACAUGUUGCCUUCUUCAUCACACCUUCGGCAAUGUCCAUUUCUGGUCGCCGCCGAUGCAGAUGCCGGUGGUGAGGUUCUCCCCCUCCUUGCUGCCGCCCUCAGCCGGCAUCAGCUCGUCUAUCGGCGUCAAGGCCAAACAGCACUCAUCCUCGCUCUUGUUGGCUUGCUGCAGUUGGUCCGCGUGGCUGCUGAUGUCCAUGAGAGUGCGUGUGACAGGCAGGAGUGUGGGCAUGAGGGUGCGCGUGGUGGUCGUCAAUUCGUCAGAUGACAACAGGAAGUGACACAACGCGACCCAAUGCCUGAAAGACAGACAGCGGAAGACAUAAAUAUCCAUACUCACCUGCAUGUGGGUCGUCAGGUGCGUGUGUGCACUCGUCGCUCACCUGAGUGUGGCGAGGUCUUCUUGUUUGGCGGUGGGCGGUGUGGUGGCCUGGUCCAUGUGCGAGGCGAAUCGUUUCUUCUUGGCCUCUCGCUUGCCCUGCUGGCUCAGCAGCGGGUGGUCGGGCACCAACCGACACAUGGUCGCAUACACACACUCGCCAACGUGCCUGCAUGGUCAGUAAACGGAAAACGCAGGCAGGUGAUAUCUGCAGCUGUGGUGCAUUGCACUGUGAUGUAUACCUGACAAGCGCCGGCUCGGAGAAGACACGCAAGACGGCCAGGCGACCCUCAGGGCUACCCAGCAGCAGAUCGAUACGCUGCGCGACACGCACAUGCACAAUCCGCAUCAUACAGAAAGAAGCCCCUCCCCUUCUCCCCGUCAAUAAAUUCUCACCUGCAGCAGGUCGAUGGAUGGUUCCGUGCCGCUCUCCAAGAGCUGCCCCGCUAGCCUGGCCGCUUGCAUGUGGUGGCCCAGCACAGACACCACGUAGUAGAGCGGCGGCAAACACCCGCUGCUGCCGCUCAGAGAGCCGCUAGCGGCCGCACCCUUUUCCUCGGUGAGAGCAUUGAUGGACGGGAUACACCCGUCGCCAGUUGCCUGGUCUCCCUUGGCCUCCUGCUUGACGGCCUGUGGUGUGCCCUUGGUCUGGGUGGCGGUGUUAAGCAGCACAUGGAGGGGCGCGGGGGCGCUACACAGGACCUCCAUCGCACCAGAACACCUGAACGAGAGGACGUCAGAUAGGACCUGAACGGAUUGGUAGAUGGGUGUCACUACCUGAGCAGCAUGUGCACGAGUUUGGAGCACGCAGCGACGAGCGACACCAACAGCUGGGGAGGGUGUGUGUCGAGGGGCGAGGGCGACGCGGCCGCAGUGGGCGUCUCGUAUGUGUGCAGCUCCAGUGCCGUUUCGCUCCCAGAGGCUUCCAUCAGCAGAUAAGACACCGACAGGAUGGUGCGGUGACGCUGAAGAGGACCAGACAGAUGAGAGAUGAAGGAGGGAGCAGUGAGUUGUGUCGUGUCGUGCUGUCGGUACCUGCAUGUAGCUCUGCAAGUAUACUGGCAUUGACGGUUGACAGCAAGUGACGGCAUCGAAGUACUCUUGACGGCUCGCAUCGUCCGGCAAAGAAGCAUCUGCGGCCUGCAUCAACACAUGCGCUGUUAGCGACAUUCACCUGUCUCCUCGGCAGUGCGUGUGUACCAUUCUCGCCGGGUGUGUGGGGUGCAGGUGUGGUUCCAUCUCAGCGUAGGCGCUCUCCACAGCCCCGAUGGCGUCGACCCAACGAGCAAGCAGCGCAUCAUCCUGCAAAAGGCACCACAAGUGCAGACCACUUCGUCUCCGCCCACUUCGUCUCCGCCCAGUGCUCUUCUCGUCCCUCUGACCUUGUGGGCUUGCUGUUCCCUCGCCGUCGCCAGCUCCUUGGCAACAGCACUCAGCCUGGCGAGUCUGUCGAAGAGCUGCACACGCUGCAGCACCACACGGAAGCCACUCUGGAGGGGCACCCAUGUGACCGCGGCCUUGUUGACGGUCAGAAGGCUGUGGACGAUGCCCUGGAGGGGCGUCGCCUCGUCUGCUCGUCGUGAGCCCAAUAGGUACUCAACGGCAUCAGCGUGGUUGGUGGCCUCAACCAGCACACCCAACAGAGCAACCUGAGUGACACACACACCGACCAAUUGGCACCUGUAUGUGCGUGUGUAUUUAUUGUGUUCUCACCUUGAGUCUGGUGCCCAUUCCCUCUCUGCACAUGAGGUCCACCAGUGCCCCCAUCCCCCCGCCAGCCAGCCACUCCCUCGCCAUUGACCGACGAUUGACACACAACACCACCCGAUUCACUGCUGCAGCGCCAUAGAUGAGCUUGGUCGCCUCGCCGACGCCCCCAGACCCGUCCGCCUCCACCUUCUCGUGAGCCCAUACCAGAGACCUAGCGGCAAUUGAGGCGAUACGAGCCAGGGUGGAUGGGCUGCUCGAGAGGAAACAUGAGCCCCCCUCUCGGUGCGGCCACACGGCGCCUAUAGUGUCGUGCUGGGCAGCAAUUGCCCUCUCCAGCUCUUGAGUGAGGGUUUGAAGCUGAUCGGGCAGGUCUACCGCGGCAACAGGCGAGCUCGAUGCAAAGGUCUCCUCCACAACAGCAAGGCACCUCUCAACCUCCUCAUCAGCCCCAUGUGACGCAUCGCCGUUAGGGUCACGCUUCACCAACACCUGGUGUGGCGUGCUGAAGGGCACCAUGGCCUGCUCGGCCUGGAUAACUCUCUGGCGGACGUGCCGCGCCGCUAGAGUGACGGCUGCUGGUUUGGGCAGCAAUGGGGAGAGGGGCAGAUCGGGUGUGAUGGAUGUGAGCCGGCGGAUCUUGAGGCGACGCAGCAACUCGUGAUCCACCUCAGGAAGCAGCUCGGCAGGAACAGACCUGACACACACAAGAAAAACAAAACACAAACAAGUGCCGAAGCGGCAUGCCAUGCUACUGGUCGUGUGUGCCUCACCUCUUCCGCCCCUUUUCGAGUUCAGCGCUGCCGGGCAUGAGAGGGCUGCCGAAGACCAGCACACUCAGGCACGAGUACUCGCCCCUCAACACGAUCUCGUUGGUCACCGCAUUGGCCUCCUCAGCCACCAGCAGCGCUGCCUUGGGCGGCGGCUCCAUGACCAGCUGCAGCGGCACAUACGCCCUCACGCCAUCGUCGCGCACAAAGAAGCCCGAGAGGUUGCAUUGCGGCGGCUCUGGUAGGGUCUCGCCCUCGAUAGAGAGGCCCUGCACCAGGUGUGACUUGCAUCCGUAUGAGAGCACCUCCACGUGGUCGAGGACGACAGGGUGGUGGAACUGGAUGCGGUCAGUGCGGGCGGCGACGUCAUCGUGGGACAGAUGCUGACUGUGAACGAGUGAGUCACACAACAGAGGCCGGUCAAUCCCGUCGACGCGAACAGGCAUGCUGGUGGAAGAUCUCGGGUUGUGGGCCUCUCUAAGCUAC